AUAUUGGCACUUUUGCAACGAGUUUAACCACCCUGGUCGAAAAACUUGAUAUAGAUACAUACGCUAAAUUAUCCGGUGGUGAUAACUUAUUGAUUAUUUAUUUUUCAAGGCAGGUAUCUCUUGAAAAAGGGAUAACAUUCAUAGUAAAAUGUCCAGUAUGGGUGAUCAACGUGGGACUAGAGUGUACGUGGGCAAUCUGACUGACAAAGUUAAAAAGGACGAUCUCGAGGGAGAGUUCACAAAAUACGGCAAGCUGAAUUCAGUUUGGAUUGCAUUCAACCCCCCGGGCUUCGCCUUUGUGGAGUUUGAGCACCGCGACGAUGCCGAGAAGGCAUGCGACAUACUAAACGGCUCCGAACUGUUGGGUUCCCAGUUGCGUGUGGAGAUAUCCAAGGGCCGCCCGCGUCAAGGAAGGCGUGGUGGCGGCUCCGUGGAACGCGGACGACGCGGCGACUUCGGCCGGCACAGUGCGGCAGGCGGCAGUAGCAGCGGCGGCGGUGGCUUCAGACAGCGCGGAUCAAGCGGAUCCGGCGGCCGACAUACUGAGCGCAGCUACAGCUCAGGACGCUCCAGCUACAACGGCAGAGACGGUAGUAGCAGCGGCAGCUUCAAUCGCCGCGAGGUGUACGGCGGGGGGACGGGACAGCAGCCGCUAUAGCAGCGGCAGCAGCGCCAGCUACGGCCGUACCGGCGGACAAGGAGCUGGACGCUUCCGUUCCCGUUCGCCAGCUAUAUAUCCUCGAUUCUAAUAACAACAACACGACUCAUAGUUGCUUAAGGCUUACAUAUGAGUAAAGAUUAAUAAAUAAUAACUUAAGUGCGACCGUAAAACGUAGCCCCUCGAAAUAUUUAAAAUUGUAGCAUUUGAUCGUUUUCGAUCAACAAAAACCAUCAAACAAAAAACUGAUAGUCGUCGUUUCUUCAUUAUUUAUUUAACGAAUUGCGGGUAAUGUGUGUAUUCAUGACGCCCAUCAAAAUGACAAUUGCAAGCACCUAAAAUUUAAGUUAUUUAAAGUAGAGAACUUAGUAAGAAAAAGCCUACGUUAAGACUCGAACUACAUACGUCGAAACCAAAUUCUACAAGUACGCAAUUUUAAUAAAGGAAAUGCGUCAAAGUUUUUCGUAUACGUACACAAGCUUUCGCAAAUAAUUGGUCAAAAACUUAAAA